GCUAAAUUCUAACCAACAAUGAAUAGCAUCAAAACCGUGAUUGCGUGUUGCCUUCUGGUGGCCGUUUCCGCCGGUGUAGACCGAAGUAGAAGUGGACGAGGAUCCAACAGAUUCCUUCCUGGAGGUUUAGGUGGCGUCCACGGAGGCGGUCUCUUUGGCGGCGGCGGCGGUUUCCACGGUGGUAGUGGGAUUAUCGGAGCUGGAAUCUCCAAUGGCCCAAGCCAAUGCAGGUAUUGGUGCAAGACUCCAGAAGGUCAAGCCUACUGCUGCGAGACGGUGCACGAACCAGAGACACCUGUUGGUACCAAGCCACUAGAUUGCCCACAAAUCCGUCCCACAUGCCCACGUUUCCAUGGGCCCCCCAGUACCUGUUCCAACGACUACAAGUGUGCUGGCCUCGAUAAGUGUUGCUUCGACAGGUGUUUGGGAGAACACGUAUGCAAACCUCCCUCAUUUUUCAAUAAUCAUCUCCCUUUUUAAAGGUAGUGAUGUCUAAUAAAAAGUAGUUUUCCGCUUGAUAACGGAAGAUAAGAGAUCUGUGAUGUGUAUAUACCUAUAUGAUGAUAAAUCCUUAUAUGUUUAUACUUCCUUUUUUCCCAUCAUAUAGAUUAUAAGGAUCAAUUUGAACACUGAUGUAAAGUAUUUUAAACAAUAUAUGCUGAUCCAUCUCA